UUGUGCUUCUCCGGGUCACCGAGCGCACUCUCUCACCCAUCUCAAAGACUCAAACCUCAAUAAAAAUUCCUGGAUUACCUUCUCCCGAAACUUACAGAAACGAAUCCUGCGAUACCGACGAUUCCAUAAUGGCCGAAGCAGCUGUAGGCGAAGUGGAGCAAGACGAAGGAGAGAGGGAAAACGACGAGAAGAAGAUGAGCCGGAAGGAGAAGCGUAAAGUGUGGAAGAAGCAGAAGAGGAAGCAAGCGAGGCGGGAGAUGGCGGAGAUAGAGAAGAAGGAGGAAGAAGCGACACUGAAUGAUCCAGAGGAGCAGAGAAGGGCGACGAUGAUGGAAGAGGAGGAGAGAACGAGGAUGGAGAGGGAGCGGAAGGAGUUUGAAGAGCGAGAGAGGGCGUGGAUGGAGGCCAUGGAGAGGAAGAAGAGAAUCCAAGAGGAAGAAGAAGAGAAGAGGAGAAAGACUCUAGAAGAAGAAGAAGAAGAAGAAGAAGAAGAAGAAAGGGAGUCUAAGAGGAGGAAACAGGAGGAUGAGUGUGAUGAGGAUGAUGACUGGGAAUAUGCAGAAGAAGGGCCAGCAGAAAUCAUCUGGCUUGGAAAUGAGAUAAUUGUCAGGAAGAAAAAAGUGAAGGUACCAAAGAAGAAUGCUGACCAACGAUGUUGGAAAGAGGAUUCUGAAAGGCCUACGUCAAAUCCUCUUCCUCCACAAUCUGAAGCUUUUGCUGAAUACCAGAAUCCCUCUCUGGUGUCAGCACAAGACGCACUUGAGAAUGUUGCCCAACAAGUACCAAAUUUUGGGACAGAACAAGAUAAAGCUCAUUGUCCUUUUCAUUUAAAGACUGGAGCUUGUCGGUUUGGUCAGCGCUGCAGUAGAGUUCAUUUUUAUCCUGAUAAGUCAUGCACACUGCUUAUGAAGAAUAUGUACAAUGGGCCCGGCCUUGCUUGGGAGCAAGAUGAGGGGCUAGAGUAUACUGAUGAAGAGGUAGAACGCUGCUAUGAAGAAUUUUAUGAGGAUGUGCAUACCGAGUUUUUGAAAUUUGGGGAAAUAGUGAAUUUCAAGGUUUGUAGAAAUGGAUCAUUCCAUUUGCGGGGAAAUGCGUAUGUCCAGUACAAGUCAUUAGAUUCUGCCAUUCUUGCAUAUCAUUCUAUCAAUGGGCGCUACUUUGCCGGCAAACAGGUAAUGUGUGAAUUUGUCAAUGUGACUAGAUGGAAGGUUGCUAUAUGUGGUGAAUAUAUGAAGUCAAGGCUUAAGGGUUGUUCUCAUGGAACUGCUUGCAAUUUUAUCCACUGUUUCCACAAUCCUGGUGGAGAUUAUGAGUGGGCUGAUUGGGAUAAACCACCACCAAGUUAUUGGGUGAAAAAGAUGGAUGCUUUAUUUGGUUAUUCUGAUGAUUCUGGGUACGAGAAGAUGAUGCACCUAGAACAUUCUGACAGGAAUCGUACAAGAAGAUCUAGAUCCAGAGAAGUGGAUCAUUUAUACGGUAGAAGCCGGGAGGAUGAUGACGAUGAUGAAGAUGACUCAUGUCAUCCCCAGCACACAAGUCAUGAUAGAAGGAGAUCGAAACCUUUUAACGGGAAACUAUGGGAAGAGAAUUCAAGUGUUGAAGAAGAAUAUCGUGAGAGCACAAUCCACAAUGCUAACUCUGAAGGCUUGUUGGAUGGGAAAAUGGACCUGGACAAAAUCAGAGACAGAGAUAGACGUCAUGGUCAUAGAGGCAAAACCUCCAAAGCCCAUAAUAACGUACCACAAUGCUCAAGUGAUUAUGGGGGCACCAAGAAGAGGACCCAUGAAGCUGAUUCGAUUAUGGAUUUGUCAGAUAGUGACAGGGACAUAUCCAGAUACCGUGGUCGCAUCAAGAGAUCUAGAGAACAGAGAGAAGGUCCUGCAGCAGAUGAUACUGGAGAUAGAAAGAGAACUUAUGAAGUUAACGGAUCUAAAUUGGAAAGGGACAGACACAAAGAAAGGCAUCAUAGUCGAUCGGUGAAAAGUACAAGACUACGGAGCAAAUUAGGAUACCCAGACGAUUUCAUGGAUAGUAGUAGGAAUAUUCAUGAUGCUGAUAAAGAAAAGUGGUCAGAUAGCAGGAAACUUGGAGGUGGGCAUCAUGUCUGUCGAAGCAAAAAAUCGGAACACGGAAAUAGAGUUUUUGGAGAUAAUAGAGUUUCUGAAUCUCCAGAUUGCGACAGGACUCAUGAUACUCAUUAUAGUGAGGAUCAGUUGGACAAAGACAAGCAAAAACACCUCAAUCUUAAAAGUAGACAUCCGAGGCACAACUCAGAUAGUCUAAGAAAAGCAGCAAGACAUUUGGGGGAGAACUUGCAUAGUAUAAUAUCUGAUGAUCGAUGUGGAUCAGUUGUAUCUACAUCUGGGGAUAUCAGCAACCAGGAUCGUUGGGAUCCUAAAACUUCUGUGCCAGAAUUUGAAAGAGAAGCUGCUAUGACUGAGUGGAUUGGGUGUGGAAGUCCCAGUCGAUAUGAUGGAUGAAAUAAGUCAGAUAAUGCCAGUUCAUAUUACUUCCAUGAUGACUGAAUUGGUGGGAAACAUGGUUCAGAAUCUAAAGAAGAUAAUUCUGAAAAUACUUUUGCAAAGCACAACAAUUAGAGAAUUAAGUUUCCAAGUAGUGAUUAUGAAAGCUGUCACCAAUUGAAUUUCACACAAGAAUUAUCAGGUGCUCUAUUAAGAGAGCUGAUUCUUGUGCGCAUGUCUUACCAGGAAUACAAAUAUACUCGCUAGAGGUAAUCGUGGAAGAUAUGAUCCCGGUGGCAAGCACUUUGGUUAGAUAGAAGUGUUGGAUAAAAUGUGGUAUUUGCCGGCAUUCUGGAUAAUUUAUUGGCGACACUAUUUCUGAAUUCUUGAGCACCAUUAGUCAGCUUAUGUAUCUAAAAACAAGUUUGUUUUGAAUCCCUAGUAAAUGGUCUCCGGACCAUGUUAACCAUCUGUCCUUUAAAACGAGUACAUGCUUGACCAGGGCGACAUUUAAGUAAUCCCCAAUCCCCAUUUUAAUUGC